AUGUUCAACGAGCGUACGACUGAACUCACGGAAAGUCCUCGCAAGUCCCCGAUGUCACGUUCAACAACUGUGCCGAAGCGGGCUCGUGUAAAUGAUCAACCCAGUGAGAAAGAAGCCACGAAGCAACCAUCAGGUACAACAACAUCUGUAGUUACAUCUAGGCCUAAAUCAUUCAACACUUCAAGCGUUCAUAAGAAAUCUCAGCCAGGGGACGCUACCAGCGAAGUUGCAGCUGCCAAAGACAAAGGUCCCGGACGUCCACAUAAAGACGCCGGUGAUAGUUCCUCAACGUCCCAGGCUUCCAAACUGGUAAAAUCAUCUACGGCGCGAAAUCUGUCGACAGUGCCGGGCAAUCUCGAACAACGCCGUGCUUCAGACGCUACCUCUACCACUGUACCAAGUGAAUCAAGAAAGUUCCCCGAGCGCAGGGACGCCGCAUCAACAGCCACUACCGAGACGUAUGCGGAAGUGCCUAGAAAUUCGACCAGCCUCUUGCCUAGAAAUCCGGCCGGCGCUACUGUCACUAAUGACACUUCGAAACCCGCACCCAAAGCCGCUGGACCGUCGCGUAGAGCGCCACCAAUAAAAUUGUUCCAUGAACCAAAGGUCAAGCCUAGACAACGACCACGAGUCAAUGAAUACACGCCCAAAGACUCGACUGAUCCUCAAUUCGUCAAUCUAUCUACGCAAAGGCGAAUGCAUCUUUACAGCCACAACGAACCUGCACCUGACCCAAAUGCUCUGAACUUCAUCGAUCCGAAUACUGGAAAAGUCCUAAACCCUCCAAGUGGCCCUUCAUCUACAUCGAACGCCUUGCGACUAGACAUCAAUGUGACCAGACGCGAGAAUUUAGAAGGUUCAGCAGCACCAAAGUCAGCGUCUGCCUUAGAGCGACGUUCCGCCUCGACCUCUGGGUACCAACGUGAACCUCUUCAUGUUCGCAUUCCAGCACCUCAUACGGCACAAGCAUCCGAACAAAGAUUCGCAUAUCCGUUAGCUCAACCAGACGCACCUCGCUUCUCCAGAAAACACUUGACAUGUCGAUUUUGGUACAGAGGCACUUGUAACAAGUCUGAGGAAGAGUGCUACUGCGCACAUACUUGGACUGGGCUGUUGGAGCCUAAGAAAGCCGCUACCUGUGCAUAUUGGGAAAACAACCAAUGUAAAUUCACCGACGAGCAGUGUGAAUAUGUCCAUGGUUAUAAUUUCCAGCGAAAUGUCGAUGUAUCUACGCGAGAGAGCCAUGAGGAUGUCAACGGCUUCCGGGCAAGGCGCCGUUCAGAUAGCCCCGAUCGUUAUGGAUUGCGUCAGGACGAGGCUGAGGGACGCAGAGACAGAACCAGUCUGCCAAAUCCCAGGCUGCGUCCUGAUGAGCGGACUCCGAUCCAAUCACCAUCUCUCGCAUCUACCGCAUCAUUUGAGCCUAGAAAUGGCGCAGCAAAAGAGGUCCACAUGAAAGAUGCUGAAGUGCAAGGUCUUACUGAGGAACUACCUAUCAACACAGCAACUAAUUUCGAUGUGUCGAACGAGAAGGAUACUUCAGAUCCUGUUAGCAUAAGUCUCAGCAUCAGACCUACUAAGCCACCUGCUCACACUAUGAACAUCAAGCUGGUCUUCGACGAAAGAGUAAGUCGAGUAAAAUUUCUUGAAACUAUCUGUGAGAAUUCCUCACUCGAAGGCUCCGAAAUUUGUCGCUCGCGUGACUUCGAAGCCUACUGGUAUUUGAAGGACAACACAUGGGCAUCUGGUGGUGUCAUUUGUGCUCCAGGGGAUGCCUUAGCUACUUACCUCGAGGACUUUCUAGUCUUACACUCAUCUUGUAUCGCCCUCCGAACGGACGAUUUCAUCUUCGUCAUUUAUCCUACUCAGAAUCCAGACUGGAAGUUCAUGCCUUAUCGAGGUCCAGAAAGGCCAGGCCUGCGAUGGUAUCUCCAAGCAGCAGUACCCGGCACCUCUGAACCCAUCAUCGUCAGACAGACCAAAGCCUCUUUCAUCUCAAUGUGUUCUGAGCACCUUGAUCUCAACCCCGAGGUACUAUUCGCUGCAAACAGAGGCAAGCAUAUCGAGAAGUUCGUGUAUCUCUGCUUCCCUAAGGGGACACCGGAGACGAAACUUGUUGAAGUCUUCUUGAACGAAGUCGGCGCAAAGUUCGUCCAUUCGGAGGAUUGUGACCUGUGGAGCCAAUUCUGUGGCAAAGGGUCGACCGUUAACAGAGUGGUUCUAUUCCACCCGUCGAUGAAUUUCUUUUGGAAACUGCCAGACUUUUGGAGUGUUUUGGCGACUGGAGUUAACAUCUUCCAAGUUGGUGUUUCGAAGGCCAUCAGAAAUCGUGCCGAUUUGCCAGCGAAGUACAACUGCAUGCGCCUAUUCCCGAGUGGCACACUCACACUUAUCACCGACGAGAUCUUCAAGUACCACCCAGCCCAGGCACUUCAGGUGUUAGAGAUCUUUGAAGGCUACAAGGCAAAGCCGGAAGGUGGACGAAACGACCGCAUCUACUGUCGACCUGGUAUCUUGGCAUGGCUCGCAGAGCUGAUUGACGAAGACCGUGAGAAAGGCACUAAUGACACUUCCCCCAGAGUCAAAUGUUGGCAGCUCGUCUGUGAACUGCUUGGUACACCUGUAGCCGACAACAGCCGCAACCCGUUCCGCUCAGAUGUGAGACCGCCUUCUAUGCUGUACUCUCCACCCAAGAUCGAGAUGCCGGAAUACGCGUCCACGUGGGACAGCAGUGAACAGGAAGCCACAGAGUUCUUGGUGAAUUGGUUCGCAGGCAGUGCUGUUGAGGAAUGCGAAACCUACCGCCGCUUCAACGUUCUGUACGAGCAGAACGACACAUCCGUGGCUCAAACACCUGGAGUCAUGCAGCCCGACAACCCCAAAGAUCCAAAGGAGUGGAUGAAGAAAUACACCCACAUCAGAGUCACCACCCCGGCUCGAUACAUUGUGCAAGUCGAGAGCUACGAAAAGUCGAAGAUGAGGGCUCGUUAG